AUGGCUAUCAAGGGCGGUCUGUUACGUCUGGUCAAGAUCGGCUGCUACCUCGUAGCCUUCUGCUGUGCAUCGGUCAUCACCGGAGCCUUUGCCUGGUUCUGCGUCGACCGCGAUGAAUUCGAAGACCGCAACCUCGCAUCCCUCGUCAUCGGAGCCGUCACCAUGUUCUACACCCUCGUCGCCGCACUCUUCACCUGCUGCACCGCUGGCAUCUCCUUCUUCGCCGUCAUCAGCAUCUUCUUGGACAUCGUCUUCGCGGCCUUGAUGAUCGCCGUGGCCGCCAUCAACAGCUCUGCAACGAAUGGCUGCGACAGACGGCCGUAUCCUCGCAUCAUCUACAGAGGAUCUCGGCUCAUGGAUUGCGAACUUUUCGUGGCUGCUUUCGCCGUGGCCAUCGUCGCGAUCUUCAUGUUCAUUGUGACUGCGGUCACUCAGGUGCUCAUUCGAGGACACAGCCGAAAGACUCACGUCAGCAAGGCUUAA